CAGUCUUCUCUGAGUUAUCGAGGCAUCAACACGAAAUUUAAAAAAAAUAGAAAAGAAUUAAUUUUCAUUCAAAGACGGAAAAUGGACAACAAAUUAAAAUAAAAAAAAACGAAUUGAAUGUUAUGUUGAAUACAAAGUGCAAAGCAAUGAACUUGAAAUAAAAUUGAACGGUUUUUGUGUUUGAAAUAAUUCUAAAUCUAUAGAAAGUGAUUUUCAAAUUUUGAAGAAUUUUAAAGGAAAUUGUAAAUAAUAAAUAUCGGUCUUUACGAAAAUUAACUAAUUUUUACAUAACUGGUCUUUGCGGGGUUUUUUCACCAACAACUUUUAUUGAAUUUGUCCUCUUAUCGCACAUAAUUCAUUUUAAAGUUAUAUAACCGUCCACAUUUUCUCCACGUAUAAACUACUUAGGGUCCUUCAAGGACUGACAAUGGAUUCGGAUAAAGUUGUGCGCGCCAUGGCGCGUUGGUGGCAGACUGUCAGUCAGGAAGACAAUGACCCCAGCUCACGGAAUCCUAUGCUGUAUGACCCCCUGCAAGAUGGGGUGGUCAAGACAUCAAAGAAAAUGCAGUAUUUUGCAGCCAUGGUUGUGUGUUUGGGCGCCGUUUCGGCAGGUACUGCACUAGCUUGGACAUCCCCCGUACUGCCACAGAUUAGUGAGGAUCCAAAUGCUAAUACCACUGCAAACAAUGCUACCGCUGAUGGCUCGUCGUCGUCACAGCUGCAAUUGACACUAAGUCAGCAGACCUGGGUUAGUUCCUUAUUGGCUAUUGGUGCGUUUCUGGGAGCUUUACCCACAGGUUACAUUGCUGACUACAUUGGACGUCGUUACACCGCCUUGGUAAUGGAUAUCCCAUUUAUUGUGGCCUGGACGGCAACUAUUUUUGCCAACUCCGCGACGGUCCUGUAUUUCGCUCGUUUUACAAUUGGCUUGGCUACUGGCAGUUUUUGUGUUGUUGCUCCCAUGUAUAUUUCGGAAAUUGCUGAAAGUAGUAUAAGAGGCACAUUGGGUACUCUGUUCCAGCUGACACUGUCCAUUGGAAUUCUAUUGGUUUAUAUCAUUGGUGCUAUGGUCACAUGGACAACAUUAAGUGUUCUGUGUCUUUUGGUACCGGUGGCUUUGUUCAUUGGAAUGUUGUUCUUGCCAGAGACACCAACAUAUCUAUUGAAGAAGGGCCGCCGUGGUGACGCCGCUCUCUCGUUGAAAUGGCUUUGGGGUCGUUAUUGUGAUUCACGCACCGCCAUCCAACAGAUACAAAGUGAAUUGGAUCAAGCCGGCGGCAAUGCCUCAUUCUCUGAUGUCUUCCGUAUACGGGCGGCUCGCAAUGGUUUAAUUAUUUCCAUGCUCUUGAUGUUCUUCCAACAAUUCUCCGGAGUGAAUGCUGUCAUUUUCUACACGGUGCCAAUUUUCAAAUCUGCCGGCAGUACAUUGGAUCCUUCGAUAUGUUCCAUCAUUGUGGGCUUUGUACAAGUUGUGAUGACAUUCACCUCUUCGCUGAUGAUUGAGAAAGCUGGACGCAAGUCACUGCUGAUAUUUAGUAGUACCAUCAUGACCAUUUGUUUGGCAAUUUUGGGUGCCUAUUUCGAUAUGAAAGACGAUGGCAAAGACGUCUCCUCCAUUGGAUGGCUACCUCUGCUGUGUGUGGUAUUGUAUAUGAUCACAUUUUCAGUGGGCUAUGGUCCCAUACCCUGGCUGAUGAUGGGUGAACUUUUCCUGCCCGAUGUCAAGGCUACGGCGGUGGCAUUGACGGUAAUGUCUAAUUGGUUUUCGGUAUUUUUGGUAACGAAGACAUUCGGUUCCAUGAUCACAGCCUGGGGUUCGGAUAUGACAUUUUGGUUCUUUGCCUUUUGUAUGUUUGUGGCCACAAUGUAUGUGGCCUUUAUGGUGCUGGAGACAAAGGGCAAGAGUUCAUCACAAAUUCAAUCAUGGUUGGAUAAUAAAUAAGGGAGUGUUGGAAACUGUGAAAAAUUGGGGUUAUUAUUUUUUUUAAUAUUUUAAAGAUUAGUUGUAAAUGAAAAAGAAUUUAUUUUUUUAAUAUUAUUUUUUGUUAGAGAUUUUUAUUCUGUAGCUUGUAAAUAAACAGCUCGAUGCCAAAAAAGAACAUGUAUAUGUUAUGAUUUGAGAAAUUUGAAAAUUAUAAUUAUAUAAAAUAUGUUAAAGAUUAUAUAUAUUUAAUUUAUAUACGUAAAUAGUUGUAGAUAUGUGAGGGUGGAGGGUUCUAUUCAUGAAGAUAUUGGGCAUAUAUGUCGUAACAUACUUGGAUUUUUAUACAAACGCAGUAAUGCAAAAUUUUGAAGUUUUUAUUGAAAAUUUUCUAAAAGAAUUUUUUUGAGAGUACGACGAAGAUGAGGAGAUUUUGCUUUCAUCAAAAGCAUUUUAAAAUUUUAUUAAAGUAAAAAUACGGAAUACGAGCGAAGAAAAAAAUUGUAUUUUCUUUGUGUACCUCUCUUUUUUCCCCGAAACUAUAUUUUUCUUUUACACAAUUAAAAAAAAAAAUAUUUAAUUAUUGAUAUUCUUACUGUUAUGAAAACAAUUGGGCGCCAAUCUUCAUAACCCUCCAUCCUCAUUAGUUUUUGUUUUUUUUUUAGUUGUAGUAUGAAUAUUAGAAAAUUGAAUAUGAGACACAAGGAAACUUUUUGGUUAACAAAAAAUAAAUCUCGAAUGGAUCUGCUUAUUUUAUCGGCUCAGGGAUUUUUCUCCUUUUCCUUAACUGAAUUCUAACGCAUCCAAACCGCAUAGAAAAUGUUUCCUUGUGGGUCAUUUCAUAGAGUAGUUAUUAAGGUAAUUAUUGUUAUUAUUUUUAUUUUUUUUUUGUUUGUUUUAUUAAUUUUAAGUUAUUUAUUUUAUACAGGGUGUCCCAAAAGACAUGAAUGAAAAUAAAAUAAAUGAUAAAUAAAUAACCAAUUGGCGUUAAAAUUGAA